AUGCAAGAACGUGAACGCAGAUCGCAGAACAUUCUUAUCCUUGGAGUGGAAGAGUCUAACUCACCUGAACCAGAACAGAAAUCAGCUUUUGAUCUAGAAAAAGCCACUCGCAUAAUACGUAAAAUAAACGGCUCAACUGAACCCGCAAAAGUUAAGAUAACUCAAAUUGGAAGGUACAAAGCAAAUAAGAAAAGUCCUAUAAGAGCCACAUUCCCAACCAAGGUAGAAGCCCUGCAGGUGCUUAGACUGAAAAGUAAACUAGAGCAAAGUGACAUAUAUCAAGUAUGA